UUUAAUAUCGAUAUCAGCCAAAAAGAGCUGAUUAAAAUCAUCGAACAACUCACCACAAACCAUUUUUCUUACCAACAAACAGCGUCCACAAUAAACCUUUUGAAUGUCUAAACUUUUCAAAAAGAAUACGAGUAUUAAGUGAAAGGAUUAAUAAGAUUUCUUUUUGAAAAAAGAUCUGUUAUAAGAUCUUCUAGUGUAAAAAAAUAUUUCAUAAAACCCAUAAAAACGGAUUAAGUGUUCAAAAUAAAAUGUCAAGUGAAAAACAGUUAAAAUGUUUAAUAUUUACAAUCUGUAUUAUGGGGACAAUUCUACCAGUCACUCUGGCGCACAGAAGAACCCACAGGAGUACAUCAGCAGCAUCGUCAACGCCUUCCGGGUCCUCAGCGAGAGCUAGCAAUACAGCAUCUUCACAAACGUCCUCCUCUUGGUUAGGACCGGAAUUUCAAAUAAUACGACGUGUUUAUGACGACUGUCAUGCUAAAAAUGACUUCAUGAGCUGCUUAAAACACAAAGCACUCACGGGGCUAAGCAGGGCCAUCGAACUGGACUCCAUAAAAAUUGUAGAUGGUGUGGUAUUGGAGAAGCAAAAUCAUACAGAGGAAGAAAGCAUCAUAAGUGCAUUAACCGAUGCCAGAGCUUUCAAUAGUUUGGCUCCACUCGAUCGUGCCCUUCUAUCAAAAAUCGAUAAAUUAGUGCGUACUCAUUCCUUAAAGGUGGACAUGAGCACAGCUCGUUUUGGUGGUGAAGGUGGUGGCGGCGGUGGUGGUCAUGGUGGCGAUGAGAGUCAUCAUGAGAAAAAGAAGAAAAGUAAAGAAGGUGGUGGUCAUGUCAAAUAUAUUAUUGCAGCACUUCUGACAGCUAUGGGCAUUGCCGGUCCUAUAGGUCUCAAGGCUUUGGCCGCCAUUGCCGGCAAGGCUUUAGUUAUAAGUAAAGUUGCUCUAACUAUAGCCGGUAUUAUCGCAUUGAAGAAACUCUUCUCUCAGGAUCAUCAUGAGGAAACUAGUUUUCAGGUUCAUGCCGGUGAACAUAAUAGACGCAAUACUUAUGUCAUACGUCCAGUGCCUAAAACCGGCGGCAUACCAGCAGCUGCUGGCGAAACUCCUGUUGUAGAUCCCUACCGUUAUUAUUAUGAGUAUCAUUGAAUUGUUGUCAUGGACCCGGCGUAUCCAAGUCAUUUAGUUUUAAGUUGUAACGUAUUUAUAGAAAUCAAAAUAUUCAGACAGCUAAUAUACCAAAGAUUCAAUUCCAAUAAAUUGUAUGAAGUUUGUAGGCAAAUAAUUGUACCUAUUUUAAAUAAACGAUUAA